AUGUCUUCUCUUAAACCAAAAGAAAUUGAUUUUAAUGAACAAUGGUCAACAGUACUCGAAACUGUUCGAUCUGCGAUCAGCAUGGGCCGAUUUGGUCAUACUGAUAAAGCGAUAUGGCAAGGAAGAUUUUUCGAUAUUUAUUAUUUAUGUGUUGCUACACCGGAUUCUCACGCAGAACGAUUGUAUGAAGAAACGAAAAAGUUCCUAGAAGAGCACUGUCAAUCAAUGAAAAAGGAUAUAUCCGAAUCUGAUCAGAAUAUGUUAAGUACUUAUGUUAAAUACUGGACUGAAUAUAGAACAGGCUCUGAUUGGCUCAAUGCCCUCUACGCCUAUUUAAAUACACAUUAUGUUAAAAAGCGACAAGCAGCUGAUAUGGACGCGAGCUAUCCGCCAUUUGAAUGUAACAAUGAAAACAACGAUCCACCGCUAGUAGAGAUAGGCGAGAUGGCUUUUGACUGUUGGACAAAAAUCAUUGUAGAACCAUUAAAAGAUCGACUUGUGAAAUUAUUACUUGAUCAGAUUCAUCUUGAUCGUAUUUGUGAAUGUGUUAACCAAACGACUAUCAAAGGAGUGAUAAUGUCAUUUGUAGAUGUGUAUCAACAUCGAAAAUUGAAUAGUUUAGAACUCUAUGAAAAAUCGUUUGAGAGUCCAUUAAUUCAAGCAACUGGAGAAUAUUAUCGCGAAGAAGGCAACCGUUUAUUAACCAAACUUGACUGCAUUCAAUAUAUGAAAAAAAUUUUAUUAUUAAUUGACGAUGAAGAGUUUCGUAGUCGAAAGUUUCUUAAUCCAACAUCCUAUUCCAAAGUCUAUAACGAAUGUCUUCAACGUCUUGUGUGCGAUCAUUUUGAAACCUUUAAAGGUGAAUGUAAUGAACUGAUUGUUCGAGAAGAUUUGGACGCUCUUCAGAAUAUGUACAAGUUACUGAAACCAACUCAUAUCGGAAUAAACUAUAUGGUUGAAAGAUUACAAGAGCAUAUAGCACGUAUUGGUCAUGACAAAGUUCAAUCAUUGAAAGGAGAAAAUUUGUCGACCUUAUUCGUGGAAACAUUAUUGGAAUUGCAUACAAAGUAUAUGAAUGUGAUAAAAGAAACAUUCACAAGCGAUCCUGAAUUCGUCUCAUCAUUGGAUAAAGCGUGUGCUACGAUUGUGAAUAUGAAAUAUGGAAAUCGUCUAUCAGCUAAAGCUCCUGAAUUGCUUGCUCAUUAUUGUGAUAGUUUGUUACGAAAAUCAUCGAAAACAGCUACUGAUAGUGAAAUCGAAGAGAAAUUACUUAGUUCUAUAACGAUAUUCAAAUAUCUCGAUGAUAAAGAUUAUUUCCAACGUUUUUAUCAAAAAAUGCUGGCACGUCGAUUGAUCAAUCAACAAUCAAUUUCAAUCGAUGCCGAAGAGUUUAUGGUCACAAAACUAAAACAAAUAUGUGGCUAUGAAUUUACCGGCAAAUUGGCUAGAAUGUUCCAGGAUAUUAAAGUUAGUGAAGAUCUCAACGUCAAAUUCGCCGAAUAUGUUCGAAAUGAACCACCAGCAACACAACAUCAAACGAUCAGUAAUAUACUCGGUUUAGAUUUCAAUAUAUAUGUUUUACAAGCAAAUUCAUGGCCAGUUGCCCAACCAACAGCGAAUGCCUUCAUACUUCCACAUACGCUUGAAAAACCGCUUCACAUGUUCGAAGCUUUUUAUGGUAAAAAAUACAGCGGUCGAAAAUUAUGUUGGAUGUACAACUUAUCGAAUGCUGAAAUUCGUAUGACUCAUUUGGACCGUCCGUACUUCGUUACGAUGGGUACAUACCAAAUGGCUGUUUUAUUACAAUUUAAUGAACGUCAGCAACUGACUAUCAAUGAAAUUGAAGAUGCGAUUAAGAUUAACAUAAGAGAACUUGAUAAACAGAUACUUUCAUUAAUUGACGCGAAAUUUUUACUUGGCAACGCUAAUGAAUUAACUCCAGACUCUGUUAUUUCAAUCAAUUUUGAUUACAAAAGUAAACGAACUAAAUUUAAAAUUCCGUUAAUAUCACAAAAAGAAGCUGCACAUGAUGCUGAUUCAUCGCAAAAAGCAGUCGAAGAAGAUCGCAAAUUUUAUCUCCAAGCUGUUAUUGUUCGAAUAAUGAAAGCGCGCAAAGUGUUAAAACAUAAUUCAUUAAUCGAAGAAGUGAUUACUCAAUCCAAGCAACGAUUUCUUCCAUCAAUUCAAAUUAUUAAAAAGUGUAUCGAGAUUCUCAUUGAUAAACAAUAUCUUGAACGAAGGUCCAACGAUGAAUACAGUUAUAUUGCAUAA